AUGUCUUCUACACUGGUCAGAGAAGGCUCUUCCCAACAAGUCGAUAGCAAACCAAACGCCUCCAUCGCCCCCGUCGCCGUCAUCGAUACGCCUUUAUCCAAGAGCGCCGCGCUCCUUCGACCAAGUCUUAUCCUGGGACUCCUCGCCCUGCGUUUCAACGCGCUCGUCGCCGACCCCGUGUCCACUCUUCAGCUUGCGCUUCCCGCUACCGCCUUGAUCCAGGUUCUAUAUGCGAUCAUCUGUCUGCCCGUUGCUGGCUCUCAAUCCGCCAAGGCAUCUAGGAAGCCUCGUCCAGGAGAGAAGAGGAAGGUUGAUCCAAACGGACCAAACACUAUCUCGGUAUGGCUGUCGCUCUUUUCCCCCUCCCCCGAUAUGCGUGAGCAGCUUAGAGGAUGGUCAUUUCACUAA